GAAAAAUAAUAAACAAAGAAAAAGAGUGCAAAAUAUUUAUGAAAGAGAAAAGGGGGUGCAGCUAGCAAAUAAAGGCGCUGCUGCUACAUUACGUGAGAAACUAACUCUCUCACACAAUCUUCAUUACCUUGAAGAAGUAGUAGUAGUAGUAAAUAGCAGUGAUCAGCACCAAGAAACUAACCACCAAACGUUACUCACUUUCUCUUCCAUGGCCGGAAUCCGUUUACAGCCAGAAGACUCCGACGUCUCGCAACAAGCGCGAGCUGUUGCUCUCUCUGCCGUCGAUCUCGUCUCCGACGACGACCGUUCCAUCGCCGCCGACUCAUGGUCCAUCAAGAGCGAGUACGGUAGCACUCUCGACGAUGACCAGCGCCAUGCCGAUGCUGCCGAAGCUCUCUCUAACGCUAACUUGCGUGCUCCUUCCGAUUACAGUUCUGACAAGGAUGAACCUGAUGCUGAAGCAGUUUCAUCAAUGCUGGGAUUUCAGAGUUACUGGGAUGCUGCAUAUACAGAUGAGCUUACCAAUUUUCGUGAACAUGGUCAUGCUGGUGAAGUUUGGUUCGGAGAUGAUGUGAUGGAAGUAGUUGCAUCUUGGACAAAGGCAUUGUGCAUUGACAUUUCUCAAGGUCACAUACCAAAUCAUGUUGAUGAUGUUAAGGCUGAAGCUGGUGAAGUAGAUGACAAAAUUUUGUCUAGUUGGAAUGUACUUGACAUUGGGACUGGAAAUGGUUUGCUUCUCCAAGAAUUAGCUAAACAGGGGUUCUCUGAUUUAACUGGUACUGAUUAUAGUGAUCGGGCCAUCAACCUUGCCCAAAGCCUUGCUAGCCGUGAUGGGUUUCCCAACAUCAAAUUUUUGGUUGAUGAUGUCCUUGAAACAAAGUUGGAACAAGUGUUUCAACUUGUCAUGGAUAAAGGGACACUUGAUGCUAUUGGAUUGCAUCCUGAUGGUCCUGUCAAGAGAAUGAUGUAUUGGGAUUCUGUUUCAAGGCUGGUUGCUUCUGGUGGAAUACUUGUGAUCACAUCAUGUAACAGUACAAAAGAUGAGUUAGUACAAGAAGUGGAAAGUUUCAACCAAAGAAAAAGUGCUACUGCUCCGGAACUUGAGGUAGCCAAGGAUGAUCAAUCAUGCAGAGAUCCCCUAUUUCGUUAUGUUAGUCAUGUCCGCACAUAUCCGACAUUCAUGUUUGGAGGAUCCAUAGGCUCCCGUGUUGCCACUGUGGCAUUUCUUCGGAAAUGAAGCCUUUACUUUUACCCUUGUGAUUUUUAGGUCUUUGGUGAAUGGGUUUGAUGUUGUGUUUGUGUAGUUAGACGCAUGUGUUUAACUUUUGGUGUUAUGUUCAUGUCGAACCGUAAAUAUUUUUUUAAUGUGGCAGUGAAGUUUUCUCCCCUCACAUUUGGGUGAAUAGUUGUAAUCGUUCAAAUUAGGGUUAUAAGGACCUAAAUGUCCCCAAAUUUUCCUCUUAA